AUGGGGAAUGAAUUUAGGUGUGAUAUGCAUGUAUUUGUAUUGGCUGCAACGAAUAGAAUUGACUUGAUUGAUGAGGCACUGCUGAGACCUGGUCGCUUUGACUACCUGAUCGAAUGCAAAUUACCAGAUAUGGAAGAGCGUUUAUCAAUAUUGCAAGUGUUGUGUCGGGAUGUUAAACUCGAUUCAACUAUCAAUCUGCGAAAUAUUGCCGAAGCAACUUCUGAUUACAGUGGUGCAGAUCUGAAGGGAUUAGUCACAAAUGCGCAGUUUAAUGCCAUGCGACAUUCCGUUAAAUGUUACAAGCAAAGUAAUAUAUUUUAUAAUUUUAUUAACAUUUGA